AUGCAAGGUGUGAUUCGGGCUUGGGCCGAGCUAUCAGCACACUCGCUGCUGGCCUUGCGCGUCUCGAAACCCACCUCUGAUGUGCUACAGCUCUUGCGCCUCUUUUUUUUCGCCACGCAGCAGAGACACUGGUACAAGAAGCCAGGUCCUAUGCCUGCCAUCAGCAAUGCAGACGAAAUUAGCUGCGACCCUUGCGGCUGCCUUGCCCAGAAAGCCAUUUCUGCAAACUUGCCUUCGCAGGACUAUCACAACGCAGCUGCCAACUACUUAAGAUGGGAAGCGCGAGUGAGAGGCCAGCACCCAUUUUUUUCUGAAGCCUUGAAAUAUCAGACGGACAAAGUCACCUAUCACCGCUAUGAGCUGUUCUACCACCGGACGCUGCCCAGACGCCUGGAUCACGAUGGUGGUGCCGGAUGCUUUCUGGAGAUUGGCUUCGGCUGCGUUGCAUUCGUUCGGGGGGUUGCUCUCUCUGCAGGCAUUUGGCCGGUCGUAUUUCCAGGUGCCAAAGUGCACAUUCUGGAAAUCGACGGGCCCUGCGUUCAGAAUCUUUCGACCUGGCUUCAGAAGCAAAACUACAGCGUUCAUGUAGUGGAUGCAGGCGCGGUUCUGGAGCUGGAGCGGUUGAAACAUGACGUGUUCCUGCGAGGAUGCCCGCAGGGGUUGCUCAGUCUGGUCGUCGACGAUGGUUCACACAACAGCUCCGACCUUGUGACCACUUUCCUGAGCUUGUAUCCCUCCUUGAAGCCCGGAGGCCAGUACUACAUGGAGGAUCUAGGCCUCACCUCCUACAAUGUUUAUGAUUCCCUCGAACCCAUGACGACCAAAGGGCAAGAACGACCAGGCACGGCCUUCUUUUUCGUUGCUUCCCUUCUCCGCGGCCUCUUCGCCAAGUGGCCUCGGUCCUACGCUCCCUUCCAGGAUGUGGGACUCCUCCGCUGCUGGCUCAACAUUUGCCUCAUCGAGAAAUCUCAGUGA